AUGCGAUUGCUCUUAAUAACACUUCUAGCUAUAGGAUAUACUUUAGCACAAGAAAAGUGAGCUUCAAAAUUGGUUUUCAGAAGAAAACUAAUCUUUUUUUUCAGAACUGUUGCUGAAAGAGCAAUCAGUGAGCCAGGACAAGGAGGAGAUAAAUUCAAAAUCUGUGAGUUAUCACUUUUUGGAUUUCAAAUAAGCUGAAAUUAAUUUCAGAUGUUGGAACUAUUGAUGGAGUAAGAAGAGAGAUUUUUAAUGAAGUUGAUGGGGGACAAAUUGAAGUUCAACGUAAGUUUGAUUUUUUUUGGUUACCACACAAAUUUCUCUAUUUAGCCGACAACACUCCAAAUGCCGCUGAUCCUUUCGGCGCCUAUGACGACAACAAUGUAAUCAGCACCGACAACGAGAAAAUUCUUUUUGUUCCAAAACCAUACCGCCCAGGAGGUGACAAGAAGAAAACCACAAAGAAGCCAUUCACCACAACAACCACAACUGCUGCACCAACAACAAUCCGAACAAUUCCAUUUGUUCAAACCACUCCAUUUGUGCCAGUCACAUUGGCUCCAGUCACACGUCAACCAUUCCGGCCAGUUCCUCAACCCCAGCCACUUGCCACAAUUGCACCGGCAUUCAACAGACCUCCACCAACUGCGCCACCACGUGUUAUUCAACCGCAAAGACCGAUUCAACCAAUUCAACCACAACAACCUUUCAGACCACAAACGUGAGUGUUUUGGGGAGAAUUUUUUUGAAAAUAAAAAUCUUCAAUAAUCUAAUCAUUUCAUCAAAACCUCCAGAAGUAACACUAACUAUUCAAGAUGUUAUCUCAAAGAAUUUCAAGGUUGCCUCAAGAAACCAAACAUGUUGUUUUUCUAGAGUUCCACCAGUUCAAACAGCUCCACCGCCAACAACUCCAGCUCCACGACCACCAUUCCAUCCACAAGGAAACAAUUUGCGCUCUGGACGUAAGUGUACUUCCAGAUUUAGCCGUUAAUUAAUUAAUUAUGUACAAUUUGUUUUCAAAAUCAUUCGAGCGUUUUCGAGACAAAUAGUGCUUGAAAUUCAAUCAAGCAAACUUAAUUUUCAGAAUGUGCUGCAUCGAUUUUCUACAUCUCAACACCAAUCAGCGGACCAUCUCGUCUUACAUUCACCCAUUUCGCUGUUGCUGUCACCGUUGAUCAAUGUGCCAGAACUUGUCACGAAUUCAAUUGUGCAAUUGCUCACUACAAUCCAUUAAACGGACAUUGUGAAUUCAAUCCAUCAACAGCUUUUGCUAUCAGAAAUGGACAAUGUCCAGCGUGGCCAAGUCUUCAUUAUAGAAAUAAUGUUGUGGCAAAUGAGCCAGUCAGAAUAUUCUGUGUUACUUGUCAAAGACCAAGAAGACGACCAGUUGGAGCUGGACAAAGAAGACCAUUUAGGGGACAAGCGAGAAGAGGACAAAGACUUGGAAGAAAAACGUGAGCACUUAAACAAAAUCAUGGGAAAAGCUAAACUUCCGGAAACCUAAUUUUUACUUUUUGCAGAAAUACACCAGUUCAACGUCAAUUGCGAGAAGCUGAAACCGAUUCUCAAACAUCGCAAAAUUCUCCAAUCGUAGUUGAAAACACUGACCGAUCAUCCCAACUUAAUUUAUUGAAACAACUUGAAGAUUUACAAUUGUGA